AUGGUCGACUGUGACACCGAAGGCCGUUUUGCAGAAUUUUGCCCAAAGACGGGAGAAGUGAAAAGUUACCGCGUUGUCUUCCUUGAUCCCGAGAACCGAACAACACAACUGAUUCCCGCAAACAGAAUUCGUCGGUUUGACAAGGCAUCUGUGAUUCGUUUGGAGAAACGAGUAAGGCAGGCGAAAAAGUUUUGACAUUCUUGUCAUACUAUGUUGCAUAUGCGUUUUCAUGGGAUAGUUUAAAAUAGCGAGAGAGAAAAAGAUGCGACUUCUGAUAUGAAAAUUUUAUUCACACGACCUUUCGGAUUCGUAUUCGACCCCAUUAAUCGAAGUUCGGUCUUGUUGAACUUGAAGGUGUGGCCCUGUCCCCUCGAAUGAGCCGCUAGUUGGGAGCUGGCGUCUUUCCUCGCACUACUGUUGCGCGUUUGACAGUUCCGAUCAAACCAGCUACGUUAGAGAAGUUGGGAGAUCGCUCCGUACUUAGAUGGCAGAGCAUGCAGCGGCAGUGAGGAAAAAUGAAGUUAUUUCCCAAUUUGCAGCUAAUUCGAUGGUACCCAGCUACGCCUUGAAGCUCGACGAGACCGAAAUUCUUGUGAGAUGACAACCGUUUCAGCUGCCAAUUGUUCUGGUCAUGGUUCUUCGGCGCCUUAAUAUUCUGUGUCAGCAUUUUGCCUGGGCGGAAUAAUUAGCCACGCGGGCAGCGCACAGGGGAGCACCGCUUUCAAUGAAAGUGUCGAUGAUAAAAAUUUCAGGUAAUUACCAUGUCGUUGCACAAUGAAAUAGUAAAAUGUGAAAGAAAUUUGCGUGUUAGGUAAAACCUGUAGGAUGGUCUGCCAGUGACUGGGUAGGAACUAGCCUGCAUGUUUCGAAUUUUAUUUUCGUGUUACUGCUGCUACUACUUCUAGGAGUUGCACCCUGUGUUGGGCUACUUUGACAUGAAUCUGUUUAAACGCUGAUGUUGUUUUAUUGUUAUGUUGUUCGUAAAAACUAAGUUACGGUCGUGUCUGAAAUUUUCGCAGCACAGCAGAUAUAAACGGAAGCUGGAAGCCGCCGUACAAGAGGCGGCUAAGGCACUGGAACUCCCAGUUGAGGUAUGAUUCCACUUUAUUUCAACGUACCGCUUUCAAAAAGGAACGUGUUUACAUCUACGGGUACCCCUAUGAAAAAUGA